AUGCAGCAAAGACCUCCACAAACGACACCCCCUCAGGCAAAUUGCAAUACACCAACAGUUGAACCUGCUCCGCAAUUCUACUUACGCAACUGCCACCACUGUCUCAUGUUCUUUCAGGUCUGGCUGGACACGGAAUUUGGUCUGAUGAUUGUGGUGAUCCGAGUACAACCGUUACUUAGACCCCUACAAGUCACACCAGAUGAGGCUAUCCAGUGCCCCUACAUCCACUAUUUCAGCUUCACUUCCUAUAUUUUCUUUUGUCUUGGCCUACCAAAAGGUCCUACGAAGAGAGCAACAUGUAAUCCUGGAGUAAGCCCAGACAUAAAGUCAGUUGGUAAUGCCGCAACUAAGGCCCUGGAAUUAGGAAAAUCCGAUCCUACAUUUUUUGACAAAAAUGAUCAACUACAGCUAUGCGGUGACCCAAGACAGGCAUUUCGCGUGCUGCUGAACCGGGAUUGUUGCCUCGUAUCCAACGACGUCUUCAAGCUGGCCGUUACCACCAACUUGCAAGGACAUCCCCUCAACCAACGUGCGACAAAUAAAUGUAUGAAAUGCUCUACUGCGGGCACUGUCAUGUCCCUAUCCGAGGACAAAUUUAAGAGAAAGCUUGAUCAGUGUACUCAUAAGUACAACCAACAAAUAUGCGUGCCCAAGGUUCUUAUUCUGAAGAAGAAGAAGAAGAAGAAGAAGAAGAAGAAGACGCGAUCUCUGGAACGGCAAUUCAAUUUUUCUGAGCUUUCAGCUCCAAAACAAGAAGCCAUCGUCAGAGAAAAUAAGAAAUCAGCAAAUGUUCGCUACGUGUAA